GAGAGGGAAGCUAAACACAGAUUUAUAUUUACUCUUGGAAAAUGGCUUCAAAGCUAGAGGAGGAUUUAUCCUGUCCUGUGUGCACUGACAUCUUCAAGGACCCAGUUGUUCUGUCAUGUAGUCACAGCUUCUGUAAAGUCUGUCUGCAGCAGUACUGGGGAACCAACGGAUCCAGAGAAUGUCCAGUCUGCAGGAGGAGGUCAUCGAGGGACGAGCCACCAACCAACCUUGCAUUAAGAAACCUGUGUGAGACAUUUUUACAGGAGAGAGGUCAGAGAGGAGCACUCUGUAGUCUUCAUGGCGACAAACUCAAGCUGUUUUGUCACGAUGAUCAGCAGCUUGUGUGUUACUCGUGUCGAGACUCAAAACUACAUAAGAAUCACAACUGCAGUCCCAUUGCUGAAGCAGCAGUUGACCACAAGCUCAAGGUCAAAGUGGAUCCCUUAAAGGAAAAGCUUAAGGCUUUUGAAAAAGUAAAACUCACCUAUGAUAAGAAAGCAAAACAUAUUAAGACUCAGGCCCAGCACACAGAGGAGCAGAUCAUGGAGGAGUUUGAGAAGCUUCACCAGUUUCUACGAGAUGAAGAGGCAGCCAGGACAGCUACACUGAGGGAGGAAGAGGAGCAGAAGAGUCAGAUGAUGAAGGAGAAGAUUGAGAAGAUGAGCAGAGAGAUCUCAUCUAACGUGGCAAAACACCUGGGCAACCUGAAGUUCACAGUCUGGGAGAAGAUGCAGGAGACUCUUCCUGAUAACCCAGAGAGAUUUGAUGAGUAUGCCUGUGUCCUGGGCUCUGAGGGCUUUAACUCAGGGACUCACUGCUGGGAUGUGGAGGUUGGAGAGAACACAUGGUGGCAUGUGGGUGUGAUGACAGAGUCUCUCCAGAGGAAGGGAGACUUUACCUCAAUGAGUGGACGCUGGUCUGUGUAUUAUAAAGAUGGUGAAUAUGGAGCACGGUCUAAACCACAGUCCCCCACUCUCCUCAGAGUGAAGCAGAAACUCCAGAGGAUCAGAGUGCAGCUGGACUGGGACAGAAGAAAGCUGUCAUUCUCUGACCCUGAUAAUAACACACACCUACACACUCUCACACACACUUUCACUGAGAGAGUGUUUCCAUAUUUCAAUGGAUACCCUCUGAGGAUCUUACCAGUGAAGGCUUUAGUAACAGUAGAGCAGCACUGAUGGAGCUGAUAUUAUCUCUGUCAGGACCAGGACCUUUGAACUUUGGGCACGGAGUGUCAGACGUGAGCAGGCCAAGUGGCAGGGAUGAGAGGGGUGGUUGUAGAGGGUGUGAUUAUUUAGAGUGCUCUGUAGUAAUACAAUAUUAUUGUCUUUGGGUAAACCUGGCUGUAUGAAUGUAAGGAACUGUAUGUUGUGAUAAUAAGUCGUAAUUUGAAGGGUUUUCCAGUAAAACUCUUCAUGAUUUUCUAAUGAGAAUAAUCCUUUACUUCAUUUUCCAAACACAAACUGAAGUUGUUUACCAACAACCUUUUGAAUAACUGAGGUCCCUGAAACAGUGGAGCAGCUCAGCUUCAGCUUCAUUAGUCUGAUCAGACUCUGAGGUCCUGAAACAGUGGAGCAGCUCAG